GCGGAGCGGCGCGAGCGCGCGCGCAACUCUUUUCUUUCUUCGCGCGCGUCUUCCUCUCCUCCGUCUGCAGCGCCGUGUAGCCGUAACCACUUUAUCCUGGUCAGGGUCGUGGUGGAUCCAAAGCAUAUCCCAGGAACAGAAGGUGGGCAGAAGGAUUUCCUAAACCCUGUUUCUUGCCUGAGGCCAGGAAGAAAAAUAACUAAAUUAUGCUUUAAGGAAGAAGCAUACAUGAUUUUACAAGCUUACAUGAUUUUUCAUGCUCAAGGACAAGAUGUGGAUGUUCUCUAUUUGGAUGUUAAACAUAAGAGGAUGAAUUACAUCCCAUAUUCUGUCAUUCCCUUUUGCCUGCAAACUCAUUUGCACUUCCAAAGGUCCAGAUCAGCUUUAGUGAUCAGCUAAAGCAAAAACUAGGAUGCAUUAGCAUUUCAGUUUAUCUCCAGUUUAUUUUUAACUACUCUUGUGUUUGUGUAAUAGACAAGCCAUGGACACAUUGCCACAGAUUAAUGUAAACGACGUCAGUAGCCUGGACUGUGAUAACGUGGAGGUUGCAGCAGAUGACCAUUUAAGAAAUUUGAAGGCUUUGGCUGAGAGACUAAGACUACAGACCAGGAGACCCUCCUAUCAAGAGUGGAAGGCCCAGGUAGAAGCUACCAGUGCCAAAGGACCAUCAGACACAACAAAGUCCACUGUGUUAGGUCAAGAUACAGAACAGGAACACACAGACAGGCCCGAAAGAAGUGACCACAAGUUGGACUUAACACAAGAAUGCAGCCUGACUUCAAGAAACCUGAAAGGGUUUGGGAAUAUUGAUGAGGCUCUGAUCUGGCUGAGGAAAGAACUGAAGGAGAUGCGUUUGCAGGACCAGCAGCUUGCCCGCCAGCUCAUGCGCCUGCGAGGAGAUAUCAACAAACUGAAGAUCGAGCAGACGUGCCACCUGCACCGACGGAUGCUCAAUGAUGCCACGUUUGGCCUGGAGGAGCACGACGAGCUCUCUGAUCUUCUGUGUGAUAGUCCUGUUACACCUGGGUUUGGUCUGUCAGCACCUCUCCGCCUGAUUGGUGUCACUAAGAUGAACAUAAACACAAGACGCUUCUCCCUCUGCUAACCCAAAAGUAACAGUUUAUAAGUCACGCGCAUCAUGUCUUCAGUGUAAAAACAAGGAUCUUAUAUGAAAAUGUAUAUAGUGAAAAAUAUUUUGCGACAUAUUUUGUAACGAAACAUGAAACUGGUAGCAGUAAUGAUGCGCUCACCAAGUAAUUUGCUUUUACUGCUUUCAUUGCUUUCUGCAUUGUACGCAGUAUGCUGUAUUAUUUUUAAUUACACAUCAAGCCUUAUAAGCUCAAUUAAAAAAAAUACUUGGACAGUUAAGGCACACAGAAUGUGGAGAAAGUAUGCUUUAAAAAUUCUACUUCAUUUUGUAUUGGUUUGUACAUACGUGAACAAAAUUUUCUACAGACAUAAUUAUAGCAGAGACAGGAAAAGUAAUCUCAAAUACAAGAACGAAUGCAAUGUGCCAGCUUGACUUCAUGUGCAUGAAGCUUAUAUUUCAGUUUUCAUUUCAAUAAAAUGUACUCAGAUUUGUA